AUGCCUGCCUCAAACGCAAGCGGCGAGUUUGAUGACGAUUCUGUUCAUGGAGCCACACGCAAGACGCUCUUGAAGAUUAAGGGAUUCAGUGAAGUCAAGGUUGAGAAAAUCAAGGAAGCUAUCCAGAAGUGUUUGCCUUCUGCGUCUGGGUUCAUUACGGCUAUGGAACUGGGUCACCAGAGGAAGAGAGUUGUCCGGAUCUCCACGGGCAGCAAGCAGUUUGAUGCUAUCCUUGGAGGUGGAUUCCAAAGCAUGAGUAUCAGUGAGGUCUAUGGCGAGUUUCGCUGUGGUAAAACUCAGCUAUCUCACACCAUGUCUGUUAUGGCUCAGCUUCCCAAGGAAAUGGGUGGUGCGGAAGGGAAGGUCGCAUAUAUCGACACCGAAGGAACGUUCAGACCCGAGCGUAUUGCCCAGAUAGCUGAACGUUUCGGAAUGGACCCUGAUCUCGCUCAAGAGAAUAUUGCCUAUGCCAGAGCACUCAAUAGCGAGCAUCAGCUCGAAUUGCUCAAUACUCUGUCCAAGGAAUUUGCAGCUGGUGACUAUAGACUGCUGAUAAUUGACAGCAUUAUGAAUUGCUUUCGCGUUGACUACUGCGGCCGUGGAGAGCUUGCGGACCGCCAGCAGAAGCUCAAUCAGUUCCUGAUGAAGCUUGCGCACAUGGCAGAAGAUCAUCAGACGAAUCAAGUCCAGAGUGACCCUGGCGCUAGCGCUCUCUUUGCUGGUGCAGACGGCCGGAAGCCUGUUGGUGGACAUAUUCUCGCUCAUGCUUCCACUACUCGAGUCUUGCUACGCAAAGGUCGAGGAGAUGAACGCGUCGCUAAAAUUCAGGAUUCUCCUGAUUGCCCCGAGCGUGAAGCGACUUAUGUGAUCACGAACGGCGGCAUCAAUGACCCGGACAAGUCGCUGCCAUCAAGCAAGAUGAAGAAAGAAACUCUAGAAGUGGCAGGGUAUACCGCCCUACCUAUCCAGCUGCCAGCGGUAUCAUCAUUUCCCCAAUCCGCGACGCAUUACAUCUACAUCCGUCCUCACGAGCCUCGAAUUCCCGAUCCCGAUUCGCCUCGUUCUCUCUUCCUGGUCAAUGUACCCAUAGAUACGACAGAAACUCACUUGAAGCAUCUUUUCGGCGCUCAGCUCUCUGCCGGACGAGUCGAGAGAGUCGAGUUUGAAGAUGUCCCGACAAAGAAGAAAAGCGUCGGAGCCUUCGCCCAAGACAGUCUCGCUAAGAAAAGUAAAAAGCGGAAGCGCGUCACUGCAGACGAUCUCGAAAGCCAGCUUGAGGAUAUCUGGGUCCCGUCUACAUGGGACAGGAAAUUGCACAAGAGUGGUGCGCACGCGAUUGUCGUCUUCGUCGACAAGCCCAGCGCGGAAGCGAGUCUGAAAGCCGCUCGAAAGGCAUCCAAGAACCGGACCAAGAUCGUCUGGGGUGAUGGGAUCGAAGGCCGCGUGCCACCGCUUGGACUCCAGAGAUACACCACCCACGAGCGGCUCAGGUACCCUGCGCGCGCGGACCUUCUCCGCGCCAUCAGCGACUACAUGACGGCGUUCACGCAGGUUGAGGAAAUGCGCGCUCGCGAAGCGGCCCGCAAGGCACAGGAGCCGGAUGAGGAUGGAUUCAUCACCGUUACAAGCGGACCGAAGCAGAAUAGUCUGGCGCGCGAGGCGGAGGAGAAGGAGUUGAUUGAGAAACAGAAGCAGAAGGAGAGUGGUUUGGGAGACUUCUAUAGAUUCCAGACGCGCGAGAAGAGAAAGGAGAGACAGAAUGAGUUGUUGAGGAAGUUCGACGAGGAUAAGAGGAAGAUCCAGGAGAUGAAGAAGCAGCGAGGAAAGCUUAGGCCGGAAUCAUAG